AUGGCCAACAAGGUAUUUGCAGUGACGGUAUUGCAAGACAUUCGCUCCCCGAUCCAGUGCUCACACUCUACAGUGUUCUUCAUCUGCUUUCGUGAAUGUCUCGAGAGUGUCAUUAUCGUGUCCGUGCUUCUGUCUUUCCUGAAGCAGACGCUAGGAGGAGAAGGCGAUACAUCUUUUCUCCCCUCUUACACGAUCCAGGUAUGGUGUGGUGUGGCAUUGGGUCUUUUCAUAUGUCUCUGCGUCGGUGGUGGUAUGAUUGGUGCCUUCUACGGCCUCAACAAGGAUGUCUUCACCGGUAGUGAGGAUAUCUGGGAAGGUAUCUUCGGUUUCAUCGCUUCUAUCAUUAUCAGUAGCAUGGGUGCUGGUCUUCUGCGUGUCUCCAAGCUGCAGGACAAGUGGCGCGACAAGCUGGCCCAGGCUCUCGAAGAGAAAGAGAAGACCAAGAUCGGUAUCUACCAGCGGUUCAAAGACUGGUCCAAGAAAUAUGUCAUGUUCCUUCUUCCGUUCGUGACUGUUCUUCGUGAGGGUCUUGAAGCCGUCGUGUAUGUUGGUGGUGUCGGUCUUGGUCUCCCUGCGACUUCGUUCCCUCUCGCCGUCGUUUGUGGUCUUGCUGCUGGUAUUGCUGUCGGAUAUCUUCUGUACAGAUGUGGUAACACCGCCUCUCUACAAUAUUUCCUGAUCAUCUCGACUUGCUUCCUCUACCUCGUCUCCGCUGGUCUCUUCUCCCGUGCCAUCUGGUACCUCCAGAACAACGCCUGGAACAACAUCAUCGGCGGUGACGCCUCCGAAACGGGUUCUGGAGCCGGUUCUUACGAUAUUCGCCAGAGUGUCUGGCACGUAAACUGCUGCAACCCCGAACUGGGUAGCGGUGGUGGAUGGGGUAUCUUCAACGCUCUUUUCGGUUGGACCAACUCUGCCACAUAUGGAUCCGUGCUGGGAUACAAUCUGUACUGGAUCUGCAUCAUCACUGGCUACGUUUGCAUGUGGUACAAUGAGCGCUACGGAUACAUCCCGUUCUUCUCAGCCUGCAUGCGCAGAAUCCGCCCAGGAAAGGCUGCCAGCCGGUCCAGCAGUGAGGGGGUGAUUGAGAAGAGCAAGGAGGUCGAUAUGAUGCCCUCGCAGAUUAUUACCAGAGAAGUCAACGCCUGA